AUGAAAGUGUUGUAUCAACUUGUGGGCGUGGUGGGGCUCGCUGCAUCAACUGCCCAAGCUGAUUUCGCCUCUCAAAAGUCUGUCGAAGGAUGUCGCGUUGAUCGCUCCAAUGACUCUGAUCGACUCAUUGCGCUUUCCGACACCAUUCGCUGCUGGAUGACUGAAGCUGAGGUUCGAAUCCUCCACCAAAACAACACGGGCUUUGUCGACGACACGGAUGGGUUGUGGACGGAAGGCGUAAGGUUGGGUAGAGAGCGUCGAGCACUGCACCUGGAUGCUAAAACCUACCCAACCAUCCCUGCGUUCCCAGAAGUCGUGAAAGCUGUCAACGCCAAAGUCAAUCCUAACGACCUCAAGACCCUCCUCACGACGUAUGUGAACAAGUUCACCACCCGCCACAAAACGUCGUCUCAGGGACUGGCGUCGAGCAUCUGGUUUACGACCACGGAUGACGGAUGGGGCCAAGUGUCUGUGAUCUUCCGCAUCGACCCGGUGAAACCUGCCGUGAACAACGAUCUGCUCAUCCUCGGUGCGCAUCAAGAUUCGAUCAACCAACGCGACGGAAAGGCCGCCCCUGGCGCCGACGACGACGGGUCCGGCACGGUCACGAUUUUCACGGCGCUCAAGUACUUGCUGUCGUCGCCGCAGUGGGUUCCCACGCGACCGAUCGAGUUCCACUGGUACUCGGCCGAAGAGUAUGACUCGGUAAAAAAAACGGGAUUGGAAGGGUCCAAACAAAUUGCUACCGCUUAUGCCAAAGCCAAAGUGGACGUGUACGCCAUGUUACAGAACGACAUGACGGGGUGGACCCGAGGCGGCACCAAGGUCAUUAGCCUCACAGACGACUUCACGUCGCUCCCGCUGAACCAGUUCUUGGAAGUGUGCAUCACGACGUAUUUGACCACCAAAGUGAGCCGCAACACGUGCGGCUACGGCUGCUCUGAUCAUGCGUCAUGGUUCAACGCUGGGUACGCCGUGGCAUACCCGUUUGAAGAAGAUGGGCCAGUCAACCCCAAUGUCCACUCGUCCAAGGACACGAUUGCGACCUUGGACUUUGACCACAUGGCCGAGUUUACGCGAUUGGCCGUGGCGUUCGUGGUGGAACUGUCGCAAGCCAAGACGAAGCUUCCCUGA